GGUAUUGUGUAUCCAGGCUCCGUAUUUAUGAAGGAGGCUCUUCAGAGGGCGAUUGAGUUGACUGAUGCUGCUUAUGACCAUACAUUUGAAAGGGUGAAGACGUCUCUGACUGAAGGCACUCUGCGACCCAGUGACCUGCUGGCUCAGUUUAAGCAAACUGAAGCCAGAACCAGAACUCACGUUCGGGCGGCUGAGCUGCUAGAUAACACAGUGGAGCUGAUCAGAGAGAUGGUCUACACUCACACUAUGGUGCAGAGAAACCCGAACGAGCUGCUGAGUGAUGAAGAUGCUGGGACUCUACUGCAGGUGACAGGCUGCUCCGCUGAGCUGCAGAGCCCCCGCUGUCACAGUGACUGUCUGUCAGAGCGCUACAGAUCCGUCACAGGAGAGUGUAACAACAGAGAGCAUCCCAGAUGGGGGGCUGCAAACAUCCCAUACUCUCGCUGGCUUCCUCCAGAGUAUGAGGAUGUGUGGGGGGCUCCCAGAGGCUGGGACCCACAGCGCACCUACCACAACGCCAGCCUGCCUCCAGUGCGCCUGGUGUCUCAGGAGGUGCUGUUCACUCACAAUAACAACAUCUCACUGGACUCCACCUUGUCCCACCUGCUGGUGGAGUGGGGUCAGUGGAUAGACCACGACAUGGUGCUGACGCCUCAGAGCCCCAGUACAGCUGCCUUCAUGACCGGGGCGGACUGCACACACACCUGCAGCACGGACACGCCCUGCUUCCCCAUACAGAUCCCCGCGUCAGAUCCCCGGCAUGGUGUCCAGACGUGCAUGCCUUUCUUCCGCUCUGCUCCCAGCUGCGGUGCAGGAAUCCUCCCGCAGCGCCACCGGGAGCAGCUCAACGCCAUCACGUCCUUCGUAGAUGCCAGCAUGGUGUACGGCAGCAGCGACGCACUGGCCUCCGCUCUGAGAAACCGCUCCUCUCCGCUGGGCUUAAUGGCCGUCAACCCCCAGCGCUCAGACCACGGCUUGGCCUACAUGCCUUUCCUGCCUCGUCAGCAGGCGCACCUGGACCCCUGCGGCCCUCGUAACUCCAGCACUUCGGGGGCAUCGGACAGAUCCAUCCGUCGGAAGAACGCCACAUCCUGUUUCCAAGCUGGCGACUCAAGAGCCAACGAGCAUCUGGGAAUGAUCGCGCUGCACACACUUUUCCUGCGAGAACACAACCGGCUGGUCACAGAGUUACACAUGCUGAACCCUCAUUGGAGCCCUGACACCUUCUACCAGGAGGCUCGCAAGAUCAUAGGAGCUGUUCACCAGAUCCUAACUUGGGAGCACUAUCUGCCGCGAGUCCUUGGUGAAAGCUCCAUGUCCCUGCUGAUGCCUCCCUACCAGGGCUAUGACCCUGAGGUGGACACCAGCAUCGCUAACGUCUUUGCAACCGCUGCGUUUCGUUUUGCUCAUGUCACCGUGCAGCCAGUGGUGAUGAGGCUGGGACCGGGAUACACCGCUAACUCCCAGCAUCCCCUGCUGCCACUGCAUCAUUCGCUGUUUGCUUCUUGGAGGGUGGUGCAGGAAGGUGGUAUAGACCCCGUGCUGCGCGGCCUGCUGUUGUCUCCAGCCAAGCUGCAGACUCCAGGUCAGAUGAUGGUGGAGGAGCUGACAGAGAGGCUGUUUCAGGCACAAGGAGGGAUGCCUCUGGACCUCGGAGCCCUUAACCUCCAGAGGGGGCGGGACCACGGCCUGCCAGGUUACAGUUCAUGGCGAAGGUUCUGUGGUCUCUCUGUCCCCAACUCAACAUCAGAGCUUGCAGAAAUCCUAGGUAACACCACUCUGGCUCAUAAAUUCCAGCUCCUAUAUGGAACACCACACAACAUCGAUUUGUGGGUGGGCGCUAUCUCGGAACCUGCUGUGCCCGGAGGCCGAGUCGGGCCUCUCCUGUCCUGCCUGUUAGCCAAACAGUUCAGAGACCUGAGAGACGGAGACAGGUUUUGGUGGGAGAGGGAUGGAGUGUUCACCGGCGCCCAGAGGAACCGCCUCCGUGUCAUCUCUCUCUCUCGCAUCAUUUGUGACAACACCCGCAUCACCCUUGUUCCUGCUGAGGUGUUCUCGCGCACCGAGAGCACCAAGGACAUGCUGCCCUGCUCCCACCCGCUCAUCCCACCCCUCGACCUCAGCCCAUGGAAGGAACCAGACUCAGAUCCCAUCUGUGGUGUUAUUCCCAGGAUUACAUCUGGCUACUCUCAGCUCUGUGACUCUGAAAUUCUGUAUCAGUGUCACUCUGGUUUUAAGUUGCUGGGCGCGUCCUCAAUCAGCUGUGAUCCAGACAGCCACCAGUGGAGCCCGGCACCCCCAACAUGUCAUGAUAUUAAUGAAUGUGAGGAACAGACAUCUUCUUGUCCUCAAAACCUGAACUGCCUCAACUUACCAGGUUCCUUCAUUUGCUCAGAACCAACGUCGCUGUCCAACAUCUCUGUCGCCACUGCAGUCACAGUAGUGAUGGUUGGUGCAACUGCACUGGUGAUGCUCAUGGUCUGUUAUCGAAGAUAUUUCUCUAAAAAAGAAGAAUUAGUCAGAGGUGGAUGUUAUCAAGAAAAAAGUUAAUUUAACAUCUGUGAGCAUUGUUCAGCUUCUCAAACUUUCUCACACACACACACACACACACACACACACACACACACACA